UCUCCGCCUGUUUCCUCCCAAGGCAACCCCCGCUUCUCGGCGUCUGCUCCCCGUCCAUGGACGCAACCCCACUGACACGGUGACCAAGGUCUCGUACUUGCGCGGCCGUCCAUCGGAUCGGCUCUACAGGUGUCGAACCCACAGGCGAAGCUUCCUCCCCUCCUCUGUGGCGUGAGGCAUAAACGAGCUCGCCGUAAUGUCGACGCCAAAGUAAGCGCUGCGCCGACGACACCACCAAACCGGAACCCGAAGUGACGCAACCCACUCGAGAACUCAUCUCAUCUCCAAAACAGGCAUGCGCGCUCUGAUGCCGGAGCGGAGGAAGAGCCGGUCGCGGCUCUCCACCGUCCGGGUGGGGCGGUCGCCGGCGGCCGCGUCGCCGUCCCCGCCAUCGCGCCGCCGCCGCAAGAGCGGGAGCGGGAGCGGCGCGCGGGGACUUCGGAUGGCCGUGCACCCGGCGCCGCUGGGGCCCUCGCCGCGGUCGCGGACGCGGCGAGAGGGGAAGGGGCGGGCCCUCGCGCGCUCCGCGUCCGAGCCGGCGCUCUGGUUCGGCUCGCGGGUCCACAGCGUCUCGGACGGGCUUUACUACGACUCCCCGCCGUCUCCGCCGCCGCCGCCACUCGAGCGCCCCCACACAUGCUUCGACGUCUUCGUGCCGGACUUGCCGUUCGGCCAUUCCCCCUCCGCCGCCUCCCUCGCCAAGCCCAGUCCCUGGGAGGAGGCGAAGGUGGUGGUGAGCGUGACGGUGGAGGGGAGCGUCGGGCCGGUAAAGGCGAUGGUCAGGCUAGACGCCAGCGUCGGGGAGGCCAUUGCGGCGGUGGUGGAGAGGUACGCCAGGGAGGGGCGAAGCCCGCGUCUGGAGCCAGCUGCCGCGGAGGGCUUCCAGCUCCACCACUCUCACUUCAGCCUUCAGAGUCUGAACAAAAAUGACAAAAUUGGAGAUGUGGGAGGUAGAAAUUUCUACCUACACAAGAAUGAUUCAAGCAAUAGGCUUUACCUCCAGAGCGAAGAACCGGAUGGAAAUUCUACUGGUAGUGAAACUUCAUGGAGUCAUGAACAAAUUUCCAGUGCUCCAUACCACUACCAAGUCUUCACCAUUGUCAUCAAGAAGCUCAACAAAAUUGGCCGGCGGACUAAAAGAAUUUGGAGGUUCAUCACCUGCGACAACUGUACAUGACAUUGACAUGGAUAUGCGGGUGGUGCAGUAUGACAUCCAAGUACCAGUUAACUAAUCGAAGUUGUGGCAUGGUUCAAAUUAGGUCGUUAACCAAUGUAUUUUGUGGUGUGUAUCCUAAUUCCUAUCAGUAGUUAUCUAGUAUACAGUGUGCCGAACUUCGACUUGGUACACAUCCCGUCUCGUUAGUGGUUAGCCAUAUUUUAGCGGUUUGCUAGCGGGAGAUUCAUCUUUUUCGGAAUUGAAACCAUGGAAAAGAUAAUGGCUGGACCAUGGUGAUGGUUUCCGGCUACUCCAACCAUAUGUCGGCUUCUUUUGUCAACAGCUGACGUUGUAUCUUGUUAUAAGAAAUGUGUGAUGAGGUAUGCAUAUACUUUUCUUCUG